UGGAAGAGAGGGUGUGAAGAUGAAUUUCAUAGACAGAAUUUUUGUGGGUGAAUUGACCAGCACUAUCAUGUGUGAGGAAUGUGAAAACAUUUCCACAGUAAAAGAACCCUUCAUUGACCUUUCACUUCCUAUUAUAGAGGAAAGGACUUCAAAACCUGUUUGUUUUGGAAGGACAAGCAAAGGUAAACAGAUACAAGGAGCAGAUACUGGUCGAUUCAGCUGUUCUUCCAUAUCUGCUCUGACUAAUCAGCAAUCAAAAUUAUCUAGAAAGUGUUCAUUAACAAAGGAUAAGAACCAGGUAAACCAUGAAAGACGACUUGCCAACAAAUCUGGUGAAGAAGAAACAAGCCCUUUUAUUCUGCCUGGAAAAAUCAGAAACUCUACAAUAGAAGACAGAGCCAAUACGUCAUGCACAAGAGACAGCGGUGCUAUUUUGGACUCUCCAGGAAAUGGAAGUCAGACUGAAGGCAGUGAGAAAGAAGUCAGCCAUUCUGAAAGUAGCAUUGAUGCUGAUAGUGAGGCUUCUGAAAGUGAAAGCGCUUCUAAGCAAAUUACGGCCAAUAAAACUUGUCCCUCCCCUGAUUUAUGCACAGAUGGACACAGACACUUACCUCCAAAUACUAAAACACAAUAUAGCAAAUCAAACAAUAGCAGUAUGGAGGCACUUACUAGUGCCUUGUCGAAAUUUCACUUUGGAAACACAGCCAUUGAGAGUGAAGGGCCUCUCAACACUCUUUCAAGCAUGCCGAAGAACACUGCCUUUUCAACAGAGAUGCAAAACCCUCAAAAUGCUUUCCAGACUCUUUCUCAGAGUUACAUAACAAGUUCUAAGGAAUGUUCGGUUCAAUCAUGCCUGUAUCAGUUUACCUCCGUGGAGCUGCUAAUGGGAAACAAUAAGCUGCUGUGUGAAAACUGUACAGAUCAGAAGCACAAACGCCAGAAAAAAGCAAAUUCCACAGAUAAGAAGACAGAAGGUGUCUAUACAAAUGCUAGGAAGCAGCUCCUGAUUUCAUUGGUUCCUGCUGUUCUGAUCCUCCAUCUGAAAAGAUUUCAUCAGGCUGGCAUGAGCGUACGCAAAGUAAAUCGACAUGUAGAUUUUCCACUUGUUUUGGACUUGGCUCCGUUUUGUUCUGCCUUUUGCAAGAAUGUGACUGAUGGCGGGAAGGUCCUCUAUGCGCUUUAUGGGAUAGUAGAGCAUAAUGGCUCCAUGCGGGGAGGUCAUUAUGCGGCUUAUGUAAAAAUCCGAUCAUCGCCCAAAAAACAUUUGGAGCACAACUCUAGCAAUAAAAACAUUCAAGGUUUAAAAGAAACUCCAGGAUCAGCUGUAGGACAAUGGGUUUAUGUCAGUGAUACCUAUGUACAAGCAGUCCCAGAAUCAAGAGUAUUAAAUUCACAAGCCUAUUUGCUUUUCUAUGAAAGAAUUCUGUAGCCAUGUUCUGUAUGGAAAACAGAGAAGCAAUUGGUGUUAUUUAACUUGUUUAAGUGCACAGAAAAUUACAGUAUAUGUAAAUAUUGUGCCUUUAUCUGUUCUUCUUUAAUAGAAAAUAUACCCUGGUUUCAGACUCUGUACAUCAUGGCUUGGAUACAGAACAGCUUACACAUGCAUUGUUUCCCCUUUUUUUCAUGCAUACAAAAAUACAGUAGAGUGGCUAACAUUGUUGUUCAGUUGCUGUUUUAAAAGAACCCAUAUCCAUCAUAUGCUUUUAUGAAGAGUUGAGGACACAGACUGCAUUGAAAUGGAAAUUAAUUAAAAAAAUCAUAUGUAAUUGCAAGGA